CGGAUAAGCUCAUGACUAAAGACGAACAUUGCGCUGGCGAGAGGAAAAGGAAGUGAAUGAACUCGGACGCGUUGUCCGAUCACACGGCGAAGAGAGCGUUUACUCGAAAAGAGGAUCCGCCAGUUUCUCUCCCUUACUGUAAAUCAAAACGACCAAAAAUAGCCGGAAGCUGCUGGCCUCAUAGUCCGUCUUUCGAGACGCGUUUCAUCAGUCGCUAUGGUCUAAAGAAACGGAGAGUAAAAGGAAAGAAGAUAAAAUAGAAGAGGAAGAAGAAAGAAGAAAUUUUCGUGUCUAUUUUCGAGAGGCUUUCUCUGUGCUCAUGGGUAAGACGGAAAGAGAGGCGAUCCAAUAUUUCGGGGCGAGUGAUCGUCCAGUUUAACGGACGGUUCAAGAUGGAAUGUGAGAGUGCCCGAUACCCUAAUCUUUAUGGUGGAACAAAAAAGCAGAAAGAAAGUAAGUCUAAAUGACUUCGCAACACUCUUAAUGGAAAUUAUCAUUCAAUUAAGCUAGAGCAGCUGAUACGCAGCUUGGCGGGCUAGAAUAAUAGAAAUAGCCGGUUGAUCGGACGAGAUAAUGUGAGAAGACUGUGCGGUAUGCAACUGCAGUCGUGGGAGAGCGAGAGAAAGAGAGAGAAAGAAAGGAAAAGGGAGACAGACAGCAGGAGCACGAGCGAUAAGACGGGAAACGUAACCGUGUGCCGUGCUGUUUUUAGCACACCGUGAUCCAGUGUGUGCGUGUGUGGGUGCGUGCGCUUGUCGUCCUGGUCGUCGCCACCGCCACCUUUUUUUUUUUUUUAUACCCUGCUCUUCACACUCGGCCAAACGCUUUAGUGGUUCAGUCUACUGCAGUGCUGGAUGAAAUCGAAUGAACUUAACGAAUUCGAGCUAAUUUUUCUCCCCUUCCAAUUGUUUGGCUGCUUCGUUUGUUCUCUUGAUCGUUGUCUCUACACAUCUGGAAAGUGUCCAUUUUGGAUUUAGUUAUCUCGUGACUACUGAAUGGAAAACAAAUCGCUGUUCUCAUGCUUAACUACCAUGUGAUUAUAGUGGCAGAAGGCAAAGAAAAAAGAAUUCACAUCUGCGACCGAGUUGGCGUCGACACGCACCUUAUGUGUACCACUGGUUUUCGGAUCGUCGUGAUAAACAACACCAGCAGCACGUACGAGUAGUUACGUUAAACAGCAACCGACUAGCGUGGAACAUUGUUUUUUUCGCCGCCCAGCAACGCACCUUGAAUGUGUUUACAGAAUAGCUCGACUGAUUUGUUGUUCCGUGUACUUUUGGUGACAGUUGAUCAUCGUAAUAGGCGACAGGAAACGUAAUUCUACAAGCAACAAAAUGAUUGUGGUGGAUGAAAGUGAACCGGUCGGAGAGAUCGAGCCUCCUUUUGAAUCGCGGGAUGUCCAAAUUCGGCGCGGUCUAAAUGUCCGGGAUUUUUUUGAAAUGGAAGAAGAAAUUGGCCGAGGCAAAUUCGGAACUGUAUUCAAAUGCCGUGAAAAGAAAACUGGUCUUCGCCUUGCGGCUAAAUUUGUGCAAGCCGCCAAAAAGGCCGACCGCAUUAACGUGGAACGCGAGGUCGAAAUCAUGAAAUCCUUGCGAAACCCUCGGCUGAUUCAACUUUACGACGCUUUUGACGAUGGCAAGAAAGAAAUCUGUCUUUUGCUUGAACUCAUCGAAGGGGGUGAACUUUUUGAGCGGGUGAUCGACGACGACUUUGUCCUGACGGAAAGAGCCUGUGCUAUCUUCAUGCGGCAAAUUUGUGAAGGCAUCCAGUUCAUCCACCUCCAGCACGUCCUUCAUCUCGACAUGAAACCGGAGAAUAUCCUCUGCCUGACAAGAGCGGGCAACCGGAUCAAAUUGAUUGAUUUUGGACUUGCCCGCCGCUAUGAUCCGUCCAAAAAACUACAAGUUCUUUUCGGCACGCCUGAGUUUGUGGCUCCGGAAGUUGUCAAUUUUGAACUAAUCGGCUAUGGCACAGACAUGUGGUCGGUCGGAAUCAUUGGAUAUGUUUUACUCUCGGGCCUUUCACCGUUCAUGGGCGAAACGGACGUCGAGACCAUGGCCAAUGUCACCAUCGCCAAGUAUGAUUUUGACGACGAGGCAUUUAAUGAUGUUUCUGCUGAGGCCAAAGAUUUCAUAUCCAAACUUCUAGUCAAACAAAUAUCGAAACGGAUGACAUCGACUGAAGCAUUGAGACACCCCUGGCUGAGACCACGACCCCCUCUUCCAGCACCUCCACCACCUGUACAACAUGUGGAACAGUCUUCGUCUGCAUCUAGUACUUCUGCAUCGCCUACUCCUACAUCUACUCCUCCUAGCGAACAAGUUCCUAUCACUUCCAAUUCAUCUCCGAUAUCAGAAACUAAAUCGGUAAAUGAUUUAAGAAUGGCGCCAGCCAUCACCGAUAAAGAACCAGUCACAUCGCUUAUACCUACACCAAAAGAUCAAACUACUGUGCCAAACAUGCAGGGUCAACAGGUAUCAUCGACGACCACAACAAAAUUGGUGUCGACGUCGGAAGUUCGUGAUUGCGAACUAAUCAAAUCAUCCAUUUCUUCAGCAAGUAAUUUGAUCGUGCCUUCACCGCCAAAUGAUGACAUUCGGAACGGCCAAUCGGUCACUCGUGCGGCAAUCAUUGAAUCAAGGACUUCAGCUAUGUUGCCAAACGCCUCUAAUGCCGAAACGGCUAAACCAUCGCAUCACGUAUUGACAAAUCAAACGUUAUCAUCAGCACAAAGCACAGACAAUUUGCCGACCUCAUCUGCUAUAGCCGCAGAAGAAAAGAAGUUGUUACCAAACCCGACUGCGAUUGAUGUUGAACCGUUAAAACCGUCAAUCCCAGUGCCAAGUAGCCAAGUCAUACCCCAAGACAGUACGUCUGCCCCUGCGGCGGCUCCAUCAACGGCUCCAGCAACUGAAUUCACUGAUAUCCUGCAAGUGGCAAAGGUUAAUUUAAGGCAGUUUGUUGAACGCUGGAAUUCGCAAACUAACAGCCCCUUUCAGCUCAAUUCGGACAGUCCACGGAGGACAAUUUCUCUGCUGAUCUCCGCUCCAACGGCUCAGCUAGAAGCUUCCCCUGGGUCUCAGUCGGAGGAUUCACCUACGCCUCUAACAGGAAUAUCGCCAUCUUCACCCACUUCGAUAGCCACAUCUUCGGUCUUUACAAAUCCACCAACGACUGUGUUAAAAUCUGAUAUUCCAACGGAAAGCACCGAGAAAGAGUACAAGUCAAAUCAUCCUUCGGUCACUGAGUCUAACGGCAAUGUCGAUCGGACAACUGCCCAGUCAGCAGCCGCCACUUCGAGCACUAACGUGGAGACAGCUAUCGAACAAACGUCCGCUCUACUUAAAUCUGUUAAAGAUUCGCUCAUCCGACAAAUAGAGAGCGGUACAGCUGUCCGAGACAGAACCGGUGCCCGUGUCUGGGAUCGAAAAGGUGGUUCGCCAGUUCCUACUACUUUUGUGCAGCGACGGGCGCCUCAAGUUUCGUCCGUAUUCAAUUACGCUGUACAAAAAUUCGAGGCUAAGCAAGCUAAACAGCCACUUACAUUUAGAGAAUCUCAACAGUCGAAACCACUAACACCUCAUCACCGACCAAAAAAACCUAACGAGCCCGCAGGGAGCACAGAGGAUUGGGAGGUCCAUCCACCGGUAGCAGCACGAUCCUUUGGCUUCGCCAAACGGCACAAGACCGUCAACACGGUGACAGUGGUAACAGCGACUGCCUCAAUGCACACAACCACAAACUCGUAUGCCAUGAAAAAUAGCCCUAAUACAGUUUAUAAAAUGGACUCCCAUCAACCGUAAUGUUACACUUUUGAUAAUCUACAGAUGGUGUAUGAUUGUUGUUUUUGUUUGUACAUAAGGGACUGAUGGUUAUUGUUUUCAAACUGAUUGUUCAGUUUGUUACACGGCCUUCUGAGUUGUAUAAUCCCUAUACCGGUGACACAAAUUUGUUGGGCGCGACCAGGUGUAAGAAGCCAUUAUUGUUGAUGCAUUUUGUAUUGACUGCACUGUGUCGUACACCUUAGUCGAAAUCAAAUUUGACAUUAUGUUGUGACCUAGAAUUCAUGUACUACGAGAUUUAUGAAAAAGUAAAAAAAAAAGUGUGAUGUCUGAUUUCAAAUAAAAUGUUAGCACAGUGGCCAACAUUUAACCAUA